UGCAGCGACCAAAACAAACAUGGCGGCUACUGUAACGACGGUAAACAUACCGAAGCUUUUUGUGUGUUUUUCAGCGUCUCUCCUGGUCUCACCUGUCGGUUUUACAUAUUAAGUGUCUUGUAAACUCACUGUUUAACUAGUCAACUGUUUCUGGAGCAUGUUUUGAACGGAAAGCCAAAACGAAACCUGGAAAAUAAACGGAAGUGUCUGCCUCGCGUUUGAAACAAAACAUCCGCUUCUGUAACGCGUGUGUUUACUGUGUUAGUUCGUCGUCCCAGCCCAACAAACACGAGGGAAAUAUGAAAAGCAACUUUAACGAGGUCUUAAAGGACGAGAAAAUGUUUACUGUUCCGCCUGGCACAAUGGAGAGACUCACCGUUUGAACAAGAUGUAACGGUAACUAACGUCGGAGUAUUUCUCCCUGAACAAACAAGACAUGGACUUUGCCGUGGAGACAACCUGAGAGCACCGAGAGGUAAAACCGAGUUAAGGGUACACUACCAUGGGUUUGGUGAACUUUGUAAUCUCCACUGUGGUAAAAUGCCUGGACGCCGUCUGCUUGCUGUUGGACCUGAACUUUGUCAUCGUCCACACCGUGGUGCGGACCAUCCUGGCGGUCAUCACCUUUAUAAACAGCAUACCCACCCUCCUCCUCAACUCUGUGGUGGAGCUGGGAAACUUCACCGUGUUUUGCUUGAUGUCCAUGGCAGAGGCAACGUCAAAUGCAGCCCAGGGUACUGUCACCAUGCUGGGGAGCCUGGUGCUGGCUCUGGAGGGGCUGGUGGAGAGCCUGAAGAUGGUGGGUUACCUGUCCAUGCACGUCCUGCUUCGUGGGAAGGAGCACCUGUGUCGAGGUCUGCUGUCGGUGCUGGAGGGCUGUAGCAUCGCAGUGAGCCUGGUGGUCUAUUUCACCAACACCGUGGUCAACUUUGCGCUCAUUGCCACCCAGAAUAUGUACGCAGAGGUGGUCAGUUUGUGGCAAACGGUCUCCAGCCCACUGCAGAAGGUGCUGGAGUUCACACUGACCUCCUUCACCUUUAUUUACAGCAGCCUGGUCGGUACCUCAGCAUUCCUGUGGUCACCUUGUAAACUGAUGUUGGACUUUCUGGUCUCGCUGGUUCAUAUGUUUAUCAGCGUCUUCAUAUUGAACAUCUACGGUCUCCUGCUCACAGUUGCUAUUGCUCUAACUACCACUGCCUACCUGAAUCCAGAGCUUACUCACCAGGCUGUUGUGCGAAUUAUGGAUUACAUUAACUCGUUUCCUGCCUUGCACAGACUUCACCUGGCAUUCCACCGCCUCGCUUCAGCCUUGCAGCGCACCCCACAUGUUGCACGCCGUGCCAUGCAGCACCUGCAACGAGUACUCCAUCACCUCUACAUGCUAGAGAGAGGACUUUGGCAGCAGCUGACUCGACUCAGCAGCCAGCUAGGUCAGGCUCUGAGGACACAGCUCAACGGGGAUGACAACAACAGAGUGGGAGGUGAUGGCGACCCUGGGGAGGAGAGGCGGGACCCGCCAGAUGGAAGAGCAGGAGAUGGAGCCCACCAGGAGCUGCUUGAUUUAGUUUUCCCCUCGUCAAGCACAGACAGGCCACUAAAGAAGCAGUCGUCUUCAGGCAAAGACAGUAAACCUCUGCCUGCUGAGAAUCUGCUGAAUCUCCUGAAGGAGCAGGAGGAGAGGAAGAAGUGUGUGAUCUGUCAGGACUGCACCAAGACAGUGGUGCUGCUGCCGUGCAGGCACCUCUGCUUGUGUAGAGAUUGUACGGACAUCCUGUUGAGGCAGCCCAUAUACCAACAGAACUGCCCGCUGUGUCGGCACAUGAUCCUCAACACUAUGGACGUGUACCUAUGAGGGACCAAUAGAAGUGGAUCUGUGGGCGUCUGACCACAAUGAGCUGCCUAUCGGUAUCCAUACUUGACGUUUUACCACCAUAGAAAUGAUGUAUGACUUGCGUUUUUACUAGGUUGUGUUGAAGUAUAGGUCAGGUGAUAUUCUACAUUUUUCUUGCUGUCAACAAAUCCCAUAAUAAGAACAAAACUAAUGUUAGUCUGUGUCUUAAUACUUCCCUGUUUAUUCAUUUUCACUGAAGAUGUAAAUCUUAAAAAAGAGCUCACAGUUACACACAAGUGUAAAUGGGUAGGUUUGGACUACACAGGAAGUACUUACCUAUAAGGUCAAUCCAUUGUUGUUCUGAAUUUUGUGGGAUUUAUUGAUGAUUAAAAAUGGAGAAUAUCAUCAAACUUAUACUGUGUCCCAACUCCAUGAAGAAAUCAAGAAAUCAACAUUUUUGACUGUUUCAACAUUAAAAUGCCACUACUAAGUAAGACCGGUGUCACCACCAUGCACAGUUAUUUUCUUUCAGUUGUGAGCAGCUCCUGUGCAGUGCGCUGUGCGAGAACAAUCUCAAAAAGCAGGUGUUGGGGUUUUUUUUGUUUUUUGUUUUUUUUUAAGCAUAUUUAGAGUUUAUUUUGUAGCUCGUGAACACACAACACAUUCAAAUCCUGCUUAAAACUAGUUUGUAGUGUGGGUUUGGGACACAGCUACAGUCUCUGUUUUGGCACUAACAUGCACCUUGUUGCCACGAUGAGUCUCAGGUCUCGUAGCCAUGGUAACCCGCCAGUGCCCUCCCCGAUGCCAAAAUGUUUACCGCCGCUCAUGUCUUAAAAUGUCGUGCUUUCAGUGGGUCAAGCUGUGACGAAAACUAACACUGUGCUUUAUUGCAUGAGUAUACACGAUUCCAAACAUACUGUAUGUACGGAUGCUGUAAGAGUGUGUUUAAAGCAACGCCACAACCCCUUCUGUUCUGCCGUACAACACUUUUAGCAUUUCAACAUUCUUCUGUGAAUGAUGACCACUCCUCACAGAGCCAUGUAAAGAUGGUUUUCUCUAUUUAAGGAAAGGGUUUUGUAGUCUUCCAGUCAGGCCCAAUAAAACACAGCUUUAUCCCAUUUAUUUGUCAUUGAUAGGGCUUAUUCCAGUCUUCCAUCAGAGGCACAUUACAGUCACCACCCACACACAAUCCAUAAAAGGUUUCCCCUUUCCUUUGUCAUUGUAAUAAAGAAUAGAUUUUUGUUGUAUAAAAGGACCAUAAACUAAUAAGACUUCACAAUUUAAUUUGCUUUUGUUUAUCGUUUGUUGCUGUUAAAACCGAGGUGUUGGUAUUGAUCGGAGUUUAAAGUUUACAGGGCGAUGUUUUGACCCCACUUAGUGUGUUAUUGCUAUGGUGAGUGGUUUGUUGUCAGAUCUGUCACAUGUUUUUUUUUUUUCCUUAAAAUAAUAUGUAUGAUUUAAAGAAUUUGAUUUCUGCAUUGUUUUUGUUUUUAGAGCAAGCUGUACCAAUUACUGACAUUGUUUUGUUCCACACUGCAUUGUCAGAUAUCAGUAAUGAAAGUGGUCUGAAUGUCAGUUUGUAGUAUGGUUGUAAUCUAGAGACCGGACUGUGGUCAUUAUAGACCAGUUCUCUGAGGUAUUCCCAAAAUGUCAGUGGCAUUCCUAACUUGAGAUUGCAGUGGACUGAAAGCAGCUCACAUGACCAUCAUCUGUUGUUACCUGCAUUUUGUUUGACACAGUUUGGGACAAUGUGAUUUAAAGACAUGAAUGUAACUUGUGUUUUUUAAAAAAGUAUGGCUGCCACGUAACUGGUGAGUCUUCUGUUGAUAAUAAAACAAUGAAACUA